AUGAAGCUUGAAGUUUUCUGCGGAGGUCAUUACGAAGAAAAGCCAUUGGAGGUGUGUAGCGACGCGGAGGUCAGUGUCUCCUCGCCGCUCUCCGGAGAGGAGGAGCUGGGAUCAGAUGGAGAUUGUGUGGCGCAUAGUCCGGCACCUGCUGCGCCGGGCGCGGAGGGGAAAGGCAAGCCGUACACGCGGAGACCCAAGCCUCCAUAUUCUUACAUUGCCUUGAUUGCUAUGGCUAUCCGUGACUCAAACUCGGGUCGGCUAACACUGGCGGAAAUCAAUGACUAUCUCAUGAAGAAGUUUCCAUUUUUCAGGGGUAGUUACACUGGCUGGAGGAAUUCGGUCCGUCACAAUUUAUCGUUGAACGACUGUUUUCUGAAAGUACUACGGGACCCCUCGAGACCUUGGGGCAAGGACAACUAUUGGAUGCUGAAUCCACACAGCGAGUACACCUUUGCUGACGGCGUUUUCCGGCGCCGGAGAAAGCGCAUCAACAAAAAGAUCGGCAAAGAGCAAGAGGAGCUGAACCAUGCUGCAUCUGUGGACUCUCAGGAUUCCAACUCCAAAGCAGCCUCAGCUUCUACCACUAAGUUUACAAGUUCAUUCGCCAUAGACAGUAUCCUAAGCAAACCGUAUAGAAAAGAGGAACUGCCUCUGACGGAGACUGACAGUGUUUCACCUGCUACUGGUGUGAACUGGCCGGGACGAGCACACAUGGUGCCUUACGUCAUGCGAAGUCCACCUGUCACUCUGCCCCAUGCUCAGAGUUUCCUCUUGAACGGUAACGCUGCACAGGUGCUUCGGGCUUAUGGCAGCCCAUACGAAGACUUUGCCGUUAGCACACCGCAUCGAAGAGACCCUUUCUCAGCUUCUGUCACCGCUGAGCGCUUGCCAGUCUCCCACACAGCCUCUCUCGUGCCACUGUCCAGCUGUGCGAAAGCAGGUGCUUUUCAUCCCUUCAAAAUUGACUACUUGUUAUCGUAA